AUGGCAGGGCUGAGCGGCGGCCCUUUCGGCUUCGGGCGGUGCAGCCACGCCGUGGUGCGGGCGCUGCCGGAGUCGCUGUGCCAGCAGGCGCUGAGGCAGGAGAAGGCGAAAGAGGUGGACUCGGCGCGCGCCGAGCGGGAGCAUCAGCUCUACGUCGGGGUGCUCAAGCACAAGCUGGGGCUGCAGGUGCUGGAGCUGCCCGCCGACGAGAGCUUGCCCGACUGUGUCUUUGUGGAAGAUGUGGUCGUGGUGUGCGAAGAGACCGCUCUGCUCACGCGCCCGGGGGCGCCCAGCAGGAGGAAAGAGGUUGAAGCAAUGAAGACAGCACUUCACAGUCUUAGUCUGAAUAUUGUAGAGAUGAAAGAUGAUCAGGCAACCUUAGAUGGAGGAGAUGUUUUAUUUACAGGUCGGGAAUUUUUUGUGGGUCUUUCAAAGCGGACCAACCAUCGUGGUGCAGAAAUUCUGGCAGACACUUUUAAGGAUUAUGCUGUCUCUACAGUCCCUGUUGCUGACUCCUUGCAUUUGAAAAGUUUUUGCAGCAUGGCUGGACCAAACCUCAUUGCUAUUGGUUCAAGUGAAGUUGCACAGAAAGCCCUCAAGACUAUGCAGCAGAUGAGCGACCAUCGUUAUGACAAACUUACAGUUCCUGAUGAUGCAGCAGCAAACUGUGUUUAUUUAAACAUUCCUGGCAAAGGUCAUGUUUUGUUGCAUCGAGCCCCUGAAGAAUAUCCAGAAAGUGCAAAGGUAUUUGAAAAACUGAAGGACCACAUGUUGAUCCCUAUAGCGAACACCGAGCUAGAAAAAGUAGAUGGAGCACUCACUUGUUGUUCGGUCUUUAUUAAUAAAUCUUCACAAUUAUGAGUUUACAGAU